AUGAUCAACACCGUAGACCUGUCCCAUUCUCCUGGACCAUCUCGAGAACAGUCUAUCGAGCCCGAAGAGUCUCAUGCCAACACCUCAGCAAACAAGAACACCGCUGAAAACCCGCUGGAGGACGAGCAUUCCAUGGCUCUUGACGGAGUCGUUCAGGUGACCUCAGACGACGAUCCAACCCACGAGUCCGUCAAAGAAGAUCCAUCUCAGGCUCCUACGCAUCAUUCGGUUGCCGUACCGCACUAUGGUCCACGUUCCGGGGAAGAAGCACAGCCUUCAACAACAGAGACUGUCAAACUGCAGCCUUCCGCUAGCAGUGAUCACCCCCAUCUGCCACCUCAUUCGUCGAGCAUGAAAGAAGCGAAAAGCGAGAACUCUCAGUCCUCUCAAUCGCUCGUCGAUGACCCGCUGGAGAACAUGGAAGCUUUCGACUGGAGGGAGCUGGAAGCGCGAUUUCACGAGAAACAGGCCGAGUUCGCUGCAAAAGAACAAGCGAUAGUGGACGAAUUCCAGGGCCUUUCCCAGUCCUUCGGCAUGUGGGCGGCCGCCGGAUCGAAUCAAGAGUCCAAUCGGACUUUCAAGCGGCUGAAAACCCAAAUGACCCUGGUGCAGCACCACGAAGACGGGCUCGCAGCGAAGCGUCAACAUUACAUCAAAGUGGUCGAUGCCUUCAAAAGUGCGCUGGAACUGCUUGCCAGUUGA